AUGCAUCUUAAAAAUAUCCUUAUCUUGUCCAGUCUGGCAAUCUGGAAUGUCCCAGUGAUUGCCAGUGCUGACAACAAUGGUGUUGGUUCGGUCAAUGAGCUGCCAGUGGGCCAACUGGGAAAGCGAUUGGAGGGUGCAGCCAGACGGGCUUACUAUGGAAAUCCAGCUUUGGAGAAUGAGGGAUUAGAGCAUCCGCACCAGAAGCCUGGACCUGAGGCUCCCCCUGCUGAAUCUCAGGGUCCUGAUGGGCCUAAGGUUCCUGCUGAAUCUCAGGAUGCUACUGGGGAAGAUGCUCCACGUCCGAGUGAAGCCAUCCCUAAGCCAAGCUCCUCGCCCGCAAUCACACCUGUGCUUGGGCAUGCAAGCUCCUCGUUUGCAAUUCCAUCUAUCCGGCCAAGUUCAUCAUUCUCAAUGCCAUCUGUGCCCGAGCACUCAAGCUCCUCAUUUGUAAUCCCGUCUGUCAAGCCAAGCUCCUCGCUGGCGAUCCCAACUAUGCCGCCUCACCCAAGCUCUUCGCACUCAGUUCCAUCUGUGCCUUCUGAAUCUCUGCCAGGCUCCUCACUCGCAGUCCCAGCAAAGCCUCCCGCCUCUGCAGUCCCAAGCUCCUUUAUCAAGAAGUAUGGAAGACCUACGCCUUCUCUGACCCCCAGUGUUGGCUCUGGAUCUAUCCCAUUGCCAACCCCAACCCCAACACCAACACCUAAGCUUGCUAAGAGACAGUACCAAGGUGCGGAAGAGGCAGCGGAGUUGCAGCAGUUGGAGAAGAUGCUUAAGCAAUCCUCAUCAUCUAAGGCAGCUGCUGAGAAUCCAACACUGCCUGCUAUCCCGUCUGAAACCCCAGCUCAGUUCUCUUCUUUCGUGAAGCAGCCAUCUGCCACACCGAGCUCACCAGCAGUCAGCUCUUUGCCUGCUGUGCCAUCUCCUAACUCCGUUCAGACUCCCUCUAUGGUCCCACAUGCUAUCCCCCUCCCAUCUGCAGAUCCAUCUCCUGCUUCCGUUCAAGUUCCUCCCAAGGCUCCACAGGGUGAAGAGGGCAGCACUGGUCCAGAGUCUAAGACGGUGCCUGUCGGUGCUCAGGAUGUGGCAGCCCCAGGCUCACCAGCUCAGAACUAA